AUGUCAAUAGGCCUAGGUGCCAUUGCAGCAGCAUGGAUCUUACUCGACAUCAUCUGGCGACGAGGCUGGCGGUCAAUGAUGUACAUAAUGAUCCCAGUAUAUGUCAUUAAUGCGCUGUAUCUGUGGCCGAUCACGCUGUGGGUGUAUAUCAAAUAUGGUCGACCGCCACCACCACAGAAGCAUGGCGUGACCAGCACGCAGGAAGCGCAUCAGCCUCCAACUGCCAAUGCCAGUAGAACAGUUGGGGAGGAGACAGGACGAGACACGGAUCGGAGUGCUCCUAACGACGGGCUCCCGAAUGAGGAGGGGGAAGUCGAGAAGACCGACGUGGAAAGUGGAACUAUUGGAGAGCAAGGCGAUAAUAAGGAAAAUUGGUCGGCUGAAGACCAAGACAAUCAGAAGGAGAAGGCAGGAAAUAGAGGACAUCCUGAGCACCAUCACAAGAAUUCCGGGCGUCCAAUGUUCGCGACGGUGACAGUGGGAGUCUGUCAUUGCGGCGCGGGCUGCGUGUUGGGGGAUAUCGUCGGCGAAUGGCUCGUCUAUGGCACAAACGCGACCUUCGGUGCAGCCCGUCGGCUGUUAUGGGCGGAAAUGCUCGUCGACUUCGGUUUCGCCUUUGCUUUUGGCAUUAUCUUUCAAUAUUUUUCCAUUGCGCCCAUGGCCGGCCAGUAUGGUCCCAAGAUUAUCUACCGAGCACUCAAAGCUGAUGCACUUUCGUUGUUAUUCUUCGAGUUCGGGUUGUUUGGCUGGAUGGCGAUCUUUGAGAUUGCGAUCUUCAACUGGGAGCUUGAGAUGCCUACGGUCACGUAUUGGUGGAUGAUGCAGAUUGGUAUGUUCCUGGGUCAUUGGACAGGAGUACCGAUUAAUUGGUGGUUGAUUAAGACUCGGGUUAAGAUACCUUGUGCAUAA